CCUUCUUCACUCAUUGCACUGCGCCUUCUUUUAUUGUUUCCAGGGAUCAUGGUCUCAAUCGGUCUACCCUCCGGCGUUAUUUUACGGCUUGCUACAAUCAAAGACGUCCCUCGAACGAGCGCCGUUGCAACAGCAGGCUUCUUCUAUUCGCCAGCUUUUGAGUGGGAGCGAAGAUAUCACGCUCAAUAUCCCGAAGAUACCAUCAAAUCAUUUGCGAAAAGAUUUGCGGACAUCAUCCGAGACCCAGAAUUUAUUCUAGGUGUUGUUGAAGAUUCGUACCAACCGGAUGAGAACAGCAAGACUGGAGCCACAAUAGUGACAAACCAAGGCGAGAAGGCUUUCCAAGCUGGAGACUCAGUGAUCGUUGGAUUUGCGGCUUGGAAAUUGCCCCCUGGGUCGAAAUACAUUGGGCAAUUCAUGGAUCAUGAGGAUUUGGCAGCAGACAACAGGCCAGUGUUUGACGGAGGUCUUGGCAGAGACAAAUAUAUGCCAGGUUCUCCUGUUUAUGAAGCCGUGUCUGCGCAAGAAGAGAAGCACUUUCAAGGCCGUAUGGUCAUUGAAUUAGUAGCUAUACAUCCAGCGUACUGGCGUCGUGGUCAUGCAAGGUCAUUGUUGAGUUGGGGCAUUGCAGUUGCAGAGAGUGAGGAGGUCAAAACAGGUGUUGUUGCUAACACCCGUGGGUUGGGUUUGUAUCUUUCGAUGGGUUUCAAGGAAGUUUUGAGGUUUAGUAUUCAAGAUGAGGACGAGCCCCCUAAUGUAAUCUCCGGAAUACUCUUGAAGUAUCCUGAUUGAAGAAGGAAUGUAUAGAGGAGGACAUUUACCACGUGAGGGUAUAGAAAGUUGCAAUAUGCAAGAGCUACCGGGGUUGCUGAUAAUCAGAUUUAUGGAUCAACAAUCCGGUGCCAUUUUUCUUUCGCUGGCAUACCUACGUCUUAGGAACGUUCAAUGCAUAGAAUUCCG